UGGGCCGCGGCUGCCGCCGGAGCCGCUGCGGUUUUCUAUCUGAAGCGGAGGGUAGCAGGGCCCUUGCCCGCCGAGAACCCGGGAGGUUGCGCCGCUCCCACCCUGACUGGUGGCCGCUGGCGCCGCAGCGGUCUCGGUGCCCCCGCGCCGGGGCCGGGGCCGGGGCCGGGGCCGGAGCCGGAGCCGGGCGCGGGCUGGCGGCAUAUGCACUCCGUCCCCACCCCCUCUCUCCGGCGGACUGAGCAGAGAGAAGGCUGAAGAGGGGAUCUGCGCGUACGGCGUCCUCCGCAUUGUGCGAGCCUGCAUGGGCACAGCGCGGGGGCGCGGCCGCGGGGCUCCCCCAAGCCUCCCGCCCCUCGCUCGCUCCCGCCCCGGCAUCGCCUGUCUCCGCCGAGUUAAAGCAUGAGGGAUGCUUUUGUGCGCGGCUGCGGGCGGAGCAGCGGGUAACGGCGGAGCUAGCGGCAGCCGCAGCUGCCAUCGCGGGGCAGGUCGAGCGCCGCGGUCACCCGCAGCCCUGCCGGCGUGGGAGGCCGGGCACGAUGUUGAAUUAGGCGGCCGUUGCAAGCGCGGGGGCAGCCUCAGCGAUCUGUAGCUGGCCUGGGUCCCAGCGGAGCUGGGAAGGCGGGUCGAAGCUCCCCAUGGCGAGCAGCCGGAGCAUCGAGCUGGAGCACUUCGAGGAGCGGGACAAGAGGCAGCAGCGCUCCGGGCCGCGCCGCGGUGGCAGCGGCUCCGGCGGCGGUGGAGCGGGGCCGCGGGGCAACGGGCUGAUCCCCAGCCCGGCCCACAGCGCUCACUGCAGCCUCUACCGGACGCGGACCCUGCAGGCGCUCAGCUCGGAGAAGAAAGCGCGGAAAGCCCGCUUCUACCGCAACGGGGACAGGUACUUCAAGGGCUUGGUGUAUGCCAUCUCCACCGACCGCUUCCGCUCCUUCGAUGCCCUCCUUGUCGAGCUCACCCGGUCCCUCUCGGACAACGUGAACCUGCCCCAGGGUGUCCGCACCAUCUACACCAUCGAUGGCAGCAAGAAGCUCACCAGUCUGGAUGAGCUACUUGAAGGUGAAAGUUAUGUAUGUGCAUCCAAUGAACCGUACCGCAAAGUUGAUUACACCAAGAAUGUCAAUCCAAACUGGUGUGUGAACAUAAGGACUGGGUCCACUCGAUCCCUGACAUCUUUGUCAUCUACAAAGAGUGAAGUGAAGGAGAGUAAAGAUUUCAUUAAACCCAAAUUAGUGACUGUUAUUAGGAGUGGAGUAAAACCACGGAAAGCUGUGAGAAUUCUGCUGAAUAAGAAGACUGCUCACUCCUUCGAACAGGUCUUGAAUGACAUCACAGAAGCCAUUAAGUUAGAUUCAGGUGUAGUCAAGAGACUUUGUACACUGGAUGGAAAACAGGUGACAUGCUUGCAGGACUUUUUUGGAGAUGAUGAUGUCUUCAUUGCAUGUGGACCUGAGAAAUACCGGUAUGCUCAGGAUGACUUCGUGUUGGAUCACAGCGAAUGCCGUGUUGUGAAGUCCUCUUAUUCCCGAUCAUCUGGCAUGAGAUAUACGGGGUCCAAAAGUCCAGGGCCUUCACGUCGAAGCAAGUCACCUGCCUCAGUAAAGAGGGGUGGCCACUACUCCGGUGCUUAUUCUUCAGCAAAAUCCCCAGUUAAUGGAACUCCAAGUAGUCAAUUAUCCACCCCAAAAUCUACGAAGUCCUCCAGUUCUUCACCAACAAGCCCAGGCAGCUUUCGUGGACUCAAGAUUUCUCCACAUGGUGGAUCUUCUUCCAAUGUGAAUGGUGUACCUGAAUCACUCCAUUGCCAGAGUCUCGAAGGUGUGAAUGGAAACAAGUGCUCAGGGUCAUCUACCAUUCUUGAGAAGUACAAAGUUGGAAAGGUGAUUGGUGAUGGCAACUUUGCUGUUGUAAAGGAGUGCGUAGAACGGUCCACAGGAAAGGAGUUUGCACUGAAGAUCAUAGACAAGGCUAAAUGCUGUGGAAAGGAACACCUGAUUGAAAAUGAAGUGUCUAUUCUACGUCAAGUGAAGCAUCCAAAUAUCAUUAUGCUUAUAGAAGAAAUGGAUACCCCAACAGAACUCUAUCUGGUGAUGGAACUGGUCAAGGGAGGAGAUCUAUUUGAUGCUAUCACUUCUUCUACAAAAUAUACAGAGCGAGAUGGGAGUGCAAUGGUCUACAAUCUAGCCAGUGCCCUCAAAUACCUUCAUGGUCUCAACAUUGUGCACAGAGACAUCAAGCCAGAAAAUCUCCUGGUAUGUGAAUAUCCAGAUGGAACCAAGUCUUUGAAGCUAGGAGAUUUUGGACUGGCAACUGUGGUUGAAGGACCUUUAUAUACUGUCUGUGGUACACCCACUUAUGUGGCUCCAGAAAUCAUUGCAGAAACAGGAUACGGCUUAAAGGUGGAUAUUUGGGCUGCAGGUGUGAUCACAUACAUACUGUUAUGUGGAUUUCCACCUUUUCGAAGUGAAAACAACCUUCAGGAAGACCUCUUUGAUCAGAUACUUGUUGGGAAGCUGGAAUUUCCUUCUCCCUACUGGGAUAACAUCACUGAUUCAGCAAAGGAGUUAAUUAGCCUGAUGUUACAUGUGAAUUCUGAAGCUCGAUAUACAGCAGCACAGAUCCUAAGCCAUCCCUGGGUGUCAGAUGAUGCUUCCCAGGAGAAUAAUAUGCAAGCUGAAGUAACAGGUAAACUGAAGCAGCACUUUAAUAACACCCUGCCUAAGCAAAAUAACACAUCUGCUGGGGUUUCUGUCAUCAUGAACACAGCUCUAGAUAAAGAGAGUCAGAUUUUCUGCAGCAAGCGCUGUCAGGACUCUGGUAGAGCUGGAAUGGAGAAAAUUUCUGCAAUUACUGCUGCAGCUGAUGAUCCUCACGUGGCUGGGUCCAAGACCCUCUUCCCUUCUGCUUCUGAGCCACUCAGAUCCCCCACGCUCCCUGCCUCAGUAUCUCCCGAGUUUGCUGGGGAUCAGCCUGGUGCAUAGGACUGAUGAAACCAAAUCCAACUGAAGCUCCCUGCACUCUGGCCACAAUUUCUCUUCAUUUCACAUGACAGUUUUCAGUUUGCGUGCACCCUCUCGUGGCGAGCCUGAGGCAGGCUCUGUCAUGGGAGACUGAUCCUCUCAUAGUGGGUGAGUGAAUGUGCAUUUUUGAGUGCUCUUUGCCCUUGUCUUGAGAACAGCAGUAAGGGAAAGAUUCUGGCAAUGCUAGAUGAUUUCUAAGUUAUCUGUGUUAGUUUAAUUAACUGCAUUUCACACAGCCUUGGGCUCUAAAUAGACUAAGUUACAGUGUAGCUAACCAUAUUUUUAUGUGAGCAGUGAGACUAGGAACAGUUACCUGGCCUCACCUCUGCAAGCAGGCCCCAUUCUGUUCUUCUGAUGAGGAUUCUCAGAAAAGUGGGAGAGGAAGACAAGGACUUAUAUUCACUUUCUGUUCUGAUGCCUCUAUUUUUAGCCAACUUUCUACUAAACUUUAAGAGGCAAAUUUUCAUGAAAAAUUUUUUAGGGGACUAACUGUAAAAUAUCAUGAGACAAACACUGAAGAUAGAGGGAAGGAUGGUUGGUUUUGCAUCAUGUUUAGUAGACUUGCAGGCUGCAGGGUAGUGUUUAGAUAAUAUGACUUUAAAUGAAGUGACUUGGGAUGUAAACAUAAGCACUGGACAUUUAUUUGUAACAAAGACUGGAGUCAAGGAAGCCUUUUUGUUCAAGUCAUUUGCUAUCCUAACCAGAAGUGUCCCAUUCACACCUUUCUCCAGGGUCAGACUACCUGUUAAAGAAAAUUACUUUGGACCUGUGAAUGGAAAGCCUGCUGCUUAUUAUCUAAGCUAGGAUGAGUGUAGCGGUUCCUAGUUGUAGGGUGAGCUGAUAGAGGAGCUACUACAAAUAGCUGCCUUCAGUAGCUAUCAUAGUUUUGUCAGUGCUAUCCCCUUAUUCAGCUGGUGCAGGCACUGGAAACAAGGAUUGGGGAGCAGCUAUCCUUAACCUGCAGUCAUGAGAUAGAUGAGGUUUUCUCUUUACCAUAAUGCUUAGUUCAAUAUAGUAUGUAUUUAGCGUAUUCUUUUCCUUUGCUCAUUCUUAUGAAUCAGUCAUUUUCUUUCUUAGCUAUACUUUCUACUAGAAUUGUAAGAGAAAGACCUGCAAUAAACUUUCUUCAUUAAAAAAAAAAAGCCAUUAAUUUUUUUGAGAACUCAGUUAUUUUGUCAGUGAAAAUGCUGUCUUAUUCUCUCUGAGGAGUCUCAUUGACUCCUAUGGAGGACAUAGGUAAUACGUGACUGAACAUGUUUUACCUUUUGAAGAGGCAAACAGAGAUCAAAACCAGCCAACUGAUAACUUGAGGUCAUGGUGCAGCUGAAAGGUAUUCAGCAUCUUCGUAAAAAAAGGUAGAAAAAGGUAUGAAAACGUGUCUUAAACUGUGAAUUAAAUUUGUUAUAGGUUCACUGGAGUAAGUUCAAGGUAUUUGGAGAGUAUGGGAAUGACCUUUAUAAAAAAUUACAUAAUUUUGUAUUUUGGUACAGUGUAAAAAUACAAAAAUAACGCUCUAUCCUUACUCAGAACAGAAACUAGUGUGAGUCCAUUAGCUGAACAUGUGUGCAGUUGGUAAAUUCUGUAAUAAGUCUGAAACUAAGCUAAAGAUAGGAUGCAUAAUUUCAGAUGGAGCAGGCUAACCAGCUACCUGCAGUAAGGAAGGGGAGCCCUGACAGAUGACAGCAACAAACUACUACUACUACUAAUUGGGAGAUUUAAAGAGAGAGUAAAGAAUAUAGAGGGUGUAGCAACAAAGUGAUGAAUGCUGAGCUGAGUUCUGUUUUUUUUCUAAAACUGUGCAAGGCCUAGAUAUUUACUUUAUAACUUAAAAACUGUCAUGGAUUAGCAGAGAUCUCUAACAAGCUGUGUUACACAAAACCUCAUGCAUAUAUAAAAAAAGGAUGAUGCCUGUGGAACAGCUGCCAGUUCUAAACUAUUACUUUGUCUCAAAGAAGAAGAAAGUAAAGACACAUACCCUGAAUUUGUCCCUAAGCUCGUGACAUCUAAACAUUCCUAGACAAGUAUUUUGAUUUACAGAGCAGAGGCAGUUGAUAGACUACCUAGAAACACCUAUUUAAAAAUAGUGAUGACAGCUGGAAAAGAUGAUCAUGUGGCCAACAUAAUCAGAUAAAAUUAUGGGAUAGCUGGACAAGUCCUUAACGCUGUGUAUGACCUUAGGAAAGUUUUAUUGCUACUCCAUGC